CAGGCAUUCUCGGAUAUGAAGGUCCUACAGUCUGCAGAUCAUUCCAGAAACGUGUUAGAACCUCCAGCAGUAGCACUACAACCAGCAAUAGAACCCAAAUUCAUUGGGACCCGGUCCACCUUAUCAGACGACCUGUUCGAAGACGUCCACGCCUCAGUAUAUGAAGAUAGUGAGGUCGGCUAUAAUAGCAUAGCCUCGGUGUCUGUGCCCACUAAUGGCAUCCCACACCUGGUCUUUUGUACUUCUACGUCAUUGCCCGCUCAUACCAGUCGUGUUGCCAUCCCAAGCGUUGAUAAGCGCGUAUUUUAUGUUUGCUCGGUACGAUGCAUAGGCAGCUCUCUGUUAGAGGGUAGUGUGAGAUUUUUCGUUGACGACGUACAUGUCGCAGGCGCCACUUUGAUACGCAACGCUCUGGGGUAUCGUAUCGACUGUCCGUUGGCUGUGGACAACAAUGUUUCUGUCGGUUAUUCAUGCAAAGCAGAGAUGGGAUGCGUGCAAUUUCCACAGACAUUAACAAACACUACUUUCACGCGUACUGUUUUUAGCGCAAUAACGAUUUGCAACAACUAUCCCCGACCCCUAUAUGGGCUCAUCAUACGCCACGCAUUGCCUGUUUCUGAUGAUCUACAUGUACAAGUGGUAUUACGCAGCCCCAAGGAUGUCGCUAAUACGGAAGGCUCUGCUAUGGUCAACUCCGAUGUGCAGCCAGAUGUACAUGCUAGAUGGUCAAGCAGUCACGAGCACCACUCCGAUUCUGGGUUGGAUUGGCAACAGAAUAAGCUGCUAGAAUGGGUCUUGAGCACUAUAUGCUGA